CUCAUAACGGUCCCAUUUGGCCAAUCUCACAAAUUUCUUCACUUCCUCUCCUGCAAUUUUCAUCCUUCAUACCGGAUCCGACGACCGACGUCAGAUCGAUUUGCUCAUUUCCAGUUCUUCAUCUUCCUCUCGAUUUCUUUGAAAUUUUUGCAGUUUCAGAGCUCAGAGGGAGAGACUAUUUUGUAAGCUCGUCGAAAAUUUGAUACAGGGAGGGGAGAGCCACGGGGACAGACCGAAGUGGUGGCAAUCGCUAUUGGGUAGGGGAGCAGGACGGAAAAGGGAAUUUGAGAUUUCGAUCAGGGUUUAAUGAAAUUCGUGUCUGAUUUGGAGAUAUAUUGAGUGUGAUUCGCGGAAAGUCGAAGUGUAGAAGCGCGAGUUGGAAAUCACGUGGCGCUAUUAGACCAGUGAACGCACUUUGACCCCAUAAUAGCUAUUGAAAUUACCACGAAGCAGACUGCGUCGUUUCUAAUCAGGCAGGGCUCCCUCUUCUUUCCAUCUGCUGAAGGAGGAGGAGGAAGAAGAAAGGACCGAAGAUGUUUAAGUUCUUAAAGGGAGUGGUGGCUGGAUCUGGGACCGGGCUCAAAGAUCUGCCAUACAACAUCGGCGAUCCGUAUCCGUCUGCCUGGGGCUCCUGGACUCACUUUCGCGGUACCUCCAAGGAUGAUGGGUCUCCAGUAUCUAUUUUCUCUCUUUCAGGAAGUAAUGCACAGGAUGGACAUUUGGCUGCAGGUCGCAAUGGUGUGAAACGGCUGCGAACUGUCAGGCAUCCAAAUAUUUUAUCCUUUCUUCAUAGCACUGAGACUGAAACUAUUGAUGGUUCUACUUCCAAGGUUACAAUUUAUAUUGUUACAGAGCCUGUUAUGCCAUUGUCUGAAAAGAUAAAGGAAUUGGGUCUAGAAGGUACCCAAAGGGAUGAGUAUUAUGCUUGGGGUCUGAACCAGAUAGCUAAAGCUGUGAGCUUCUUAAACAAUGACUGUAAACUUGUUCAUGGUAAUGUUUGCCUGGCCAGUGUUGUUGUGACUCCAACCUUGGACUGGAAGCUCCAUGCUUUUGACGUGCUAUCUGAGUUUGAUGGGAAUAGUGAAGCUUCCAGUGGGCAAAUGCUGCAAUAUGCCUGGCUCAUUGGAUCACAAUAUAAGCCGAUGGAAUUGGUAAAAUCUGACUGGGCUGCUGUUAGAAAGUCUCCUGCAUGGGCCAUUGAUUCUUGGGGCUUGGGUUGUCUUAUCUAUGAACUAUUUUCUGGUUUGAAGUUGAGCAAAACAGAGGAGCUGCGAAAUACUGCUUCCAUUCCCAAGUCUUUACUUCCAGAUUAUCAGCGGCUAUUGAGUUCUAUGCCUUCUCGUAGGUUGAAUACAUCCAAGCUUAUAGAAAAUAGUGAAUAUUUUCAAAAUAAGUUGGUCGACACCAUACACUUCAUGGAAAUUCUGAGUCUGAAGGAUAGUGUUGAGAAGGAUACCUUCUUCCGCAAACUCCCAAAUCUAGCUGAACAACUUCCUCGUCAAAUAGUACUGAGAAAGUUGCUUCCUUUAUUAGCUUCUGCCCUUGAAUUUGGUUCAGCUGUUGCCCCUGCCUUGACCGCAUUGUUAAAAAUGGGUUCUUGGCUUUCAACUGAAGAAUUCAAUGCAAAGGUUCUACCUACGAUUGUGAAACUGUUUGCCUCCAAUGAUCGAGCUAUUAGAAUUGGACUCCUGCAGCAUAUUGAUCAAUUUGGCGAAUCAUUGUCAUCCCAAAUGGUCGAUGAGCAGGUCUAUCCUCAUAUUGCCACUGGGUUCUCUGAUACGUCCGCUUUUCUUCGUGAAUUAACCCUUAAAUCCAUGCUUGUUCUGGCUCCCAAGCUUUCUCACCGCACUAUUUCCGGGUCAUUAUUGAAGCAUCUUUCAAAGUUACAGGUUGAUGAAGAACCAGCGAUCCGAACAAAUACUACCAUAUUACUUGGGAAUAUUGCAAGUUACUUGAAUGAAGGGACGAGGAAGAGAGUUUUAAUUAAUGCUUUCACCGUCCGUGCACUGCGUGAUACAUUUUCUCCAGCCCGUGGUGCAGGUGUCAUGGCAUUAUGUGCUACAAGCGGAUACUAUGACAGUACAGAAAUUGCGACUAGGAUUCUUCCUAAUGUUGUUGUGCUUACCAUAGAUCCUGACAGUGACGUUCGGUCAAAGUCCUUUCAAGCAGUUGAUCAGUUCUUACAGAUAUUAAAGCAAAACUAUGAGAAGGAAAUUUCUGGAGAUACAGCUGGUGCUGCAGGUUUGAGUAUCCCGUCUAUACCAGGAAAUGCUAGCUUGCUUGGAUGGGCGAUGAGCUCCUUAACUCUAAAAGGAAGACCUUCUGAACAUGCUUCUCCUGCUUCUGAACAUGCUUCUCCUGCUUCUGAACAUGCUUCUCCCGCUCCUGUGAGCUCUCAUGCACCUUUAGCUGCCACAAGUUCUGAUUCCAUCUCAGUUGCAAAUGCUCCAACUACUGCACCUGUACGGGUGAGCUCGAGUUUCGAUUUAACUGAUCAACAUGCCACUGAAUCACCGACAUCUACUGAUGGCUGGGGAGAAGUUGAAAAUGGAGUUCAUGAUGAUGAUGAAAAUGAGAAGGAUGGGUGGGAUGAGUUGGAACCUAUUGAGGAGCCAAAACCAUCUCCAGCUCUCGCAAACAUUCAGGCUGCUCAAAAGCGUCCUGUUUCUCAACCCGUUUCACAUACAAAACCUCCAAGUACAAGUUUGGGUACAAGAAGUACAGCAAGGCCACCCAAAGAUGAGGACGACGAUCUGUGGGGUUCCAUAGCUGCCCCUGCUCCAAAAACUGGUUCAAAACCAUUAAAUGUAAAAUCAAGUGUAACCGUUGAUGAUGAUGACCCUUGGGCUGCCAUUGCUGCUCCUGCACCGACUACUCGAGCCAAGCCAUUAUCAGCUGGUAGGGGGAGAGGAAGCAAACCAGCUGCUCCAAAGUUAGGGGCACAAAGGAUAAACCGAACAUCGUCGAGUGGUGUGUGAUUGCAUAUAGUUUAAAAGCGAAAUAAUGAAUUCAAGAUUCAAGUUGGCUGCAGUUACUUUCGUCUGGUGACCAUGUUAAAGAGUAAAAUUGGUGAGUCCCCCAUGAGUUGAGCAGUAUCUCAACCUUGAUUUCAUACGUAGUUUGAUCUAUAAUAGCAUUCUUCAUAGUGCAGCUUCUUUUUUAUUUCUUAUUUUUUUUCUUGUGCAAGGAAUGAUUUUGACAGUGGUUUGUGAUUCCAUAGGGAUACAUUUUUCAGUUGUAAUAAAUUUUAUUCUUUUUAGGAGAUUGUCAGAAACCCUUUAUUAGAAAUGUAUCUCUCUCGUCUGUUCUUCAAUA